AUUUUUCCUAUGUACUUUUCUGGCUUUACUCAUUUCGAGUGCCUUCACAUUGAUUAUGUUCAUUUUAACGAUCACUCACAUUCUGAAAGUAAAGAGGCAAGCUAUGAAGUUAACCCAAGGAGAUGAGGAGACUAUGACCUGCUUAAAUUUGGAUAGUGAGACUUAUUUGUACUGCCUUCGGAUCCUCUUUGUGAUGGGACUGACUUGGACUCCGUUUUUUAUUAGUUAUGUUGUGAGUUCAAUUGGUUUCAGACAUCCGAUACUUAAUGUUAUCGACUUUUUAAUUUGGGGCAAUGGUACUUUCGUUUUUAUACUUCUUAUCCUUAAGCGCGACACCCUUAGGCUACUUGAGGAUAGUAUUCGACGAAGACCAAAAAAGCAGUUUUUCCGCGCUCAGAGGGUAAAAAGCCGGGCUUAACUAAGGCUUACUUUUUAUUGUCAAAACUGAUAA